AUGGCAACGGUAGCAACAGCUGGUACUGGUAUGACUCCAUCGUAUCCGAUGGCUUCGCUCUAUGUUGGAGAUUUGCAUCCGGAUGUAACCGAAGCGAUGCUUUUUGAAAAGUUCAGCAGUGCUGGUCCAGUACUGUCUAUUCGUGUAUGUCGUGACGCAAUUACAAGACGUUCUCUGGGUUAUGCUUAUGUUAACUUUCAACAGCCGGCAGAUGCGGAGAGAGCCUUGGAUACGAUGAACUUUGAUAUGAUGUAUGGCAAGCCUAUUCGCAUUAUGUGGUCACAGCGUGAUCCGUCAAUGCGUCGGUCGGGUGCUGGCAAUAUUUUUAUCAAGAACCUAGACAAAAGUAUCGAUAACAAGGCUAUUUACGAUACAUUCUCGAUGUUUGGGAAUAUCUUGAGUUGCAAAGUUGCUAAUGAUGAGGAGUCAAACAGCAAAGGAUAUGGUUUUGUUCACUUCGAAACUGAAGAAAGUGCUCAGAAAGCAAUUGAAAAAGUGAAUGGAAUGCUUCUGGAAGGAAAAAAAGUGUAUGUGGGCAAAUUCCAACCACGUACGGCACGUCUGCGUGAAAUGGGCGAAACAGCUCGUCGUUUUACCAAUGUUUACAUAAAAAAUUUCGCAGAUGAACUGGAUAAAGAUUCAUUGGAAAAAUUGUUUUCCAAAUUUGGGAAGAUAACCAGCGCGGCUGUUAUGGUGGAUGCCGAUGGCAAGUCGAAGGGUUUUGGUUUCGUUGCAUUCGAAAACCCGGAAGAUGCUGAAAAGGCUGUAACAGAGAUGCACGAAUAUGAACUUCCGGGAACAGAACGUAAACUGUAUGUAUGCCGCGCACAGAAGAAAAAUGAACGCUCUGCAGAAUUGAAACGCCGCUACGAACAGCAAAAGGUUGAACGUAUGCAGCGUUAUCAGGGAGUCAAUUUGUAUGUGAAAAACUUGGAUGAUACAGUAAACGACGAUAUUUUAAAGCAAAAUUUCGAAGCUUAUGGAAAGAUCACGUCGGCUAAGGUUAUGUGCGAUGAUAAUGGACGUUCUAAGGGAUUCGGUUUUGUUUGCUUUGAAAAACCGGAUGAAGCGACAAAGGCUGUCACUGAGAUGAACGGCAAGAUGAUGUGUACGAAGCCUUUGUAUGUUGCUUUGGCACAACGCAAGGAAGAUCGUAAAGCACAGUUGGCAUCACAAUAUAUGCAACGUCUUGCAUCAAUUCGUAUGCAUAAUGCUGGCAGCAUGCCUGGGACCGUUUACACACCGGGUACCGGCGGAUUUUUCGUUUCAUCGACGUUGCAGAACCAACGAGCUUUUAUGCCAACUGCAACUAUUCCCGGUGCUCAAAUGCGUGGAACAACACCAAGAUGGAAUACGAUCGGCGCAGCUGCUGGAUUUGGUGUGCAAUCGCCAUACAUGGUCCAGGGUGGCGGAUAUGGGCAGGUCGGCAGAGGCGGUACUCGUCCAGCAGCUUCCUCUGCUGCAGUGGCUAUGCGAGCUCAGCAGGGUCAAUAUGGACCAGGACAGGCUGGUGUUACGCGUGGAGGUCCGCAGACUCAACGAAUGGCUGCCGGUGGUGCUAUGGUUCAAAAUCAAGGUGCACGCUCUCAGCAGAUGGGAGGACGACAAGCGCAACCGGGAAAACCUGGCCAGGGACAAAUGAUGUAUUCAUCGUACAGUGCCAUAACUGGGCGUCCAGGUCAGGUACAGUCGCAGCAGAACAGCAUCGUCAUCCAGGGUCAAGAACCGUUGACUGCUCACAUGCUUGCACAGGCUCUUCCACAGGAACAAAAGCAAAUGCUUGGUGAGCGUAUUUAUCCGCUUAUUGAGCGCAUCUAUCAAGGCCCUGAUGUUGGGAAAAUAACUGGGAUGAUGCUUGAAAUGGACAACUCGGAGUUGCUGAUGAUGCUCGAGAACGAAGAAUUGUUGCAGUCGAAAGUUUCAGAAGCAGCAUCGGUGUUGGCAUCUUCGAAGGGUCAGAAUCCUUGA